AUGUCUGACGCGAAGGGUGCGACGCCGUUCGUUUCGUGUUUCGGUAAGAAGAAGACUGCGACGGCCGUGGCCCACGCCAAGGAGGGCAAGGGUCAGAUCCGCCUCAACGGCCAGCCCAUUACUCUGGUCCAGCCGGAUGCGCUCCGCUGGAAGGUGUACGAGCCGAUCCUGGUUGUGGGUGAGGACAAGUUCUCGACUGUCGACAUCCGCAUCCGCGUUUCGGGUGGUGGUCAGACCUCGCAGGUGUAUGCGAUCCGCCAGGCUAUCGCUAAGGCCCUGGUUGCUUACUACGCUAAGUACUACGAUGCCGCCUCGGCUCUGGAGCUGCGUCAGCUCUUCAUCUCGUACGACCGUACCCUUCUGAUCGCCGACCCGCGCCGCUGCGAGCCGAAGAAGUUCGGUGGUCGUGGUGCCCGCGCUCGCCGCCAAAAGUCGUACCGUUAA